CUGCUGCAUUCAAUUUAAUGUUAUUUAGCCCAUUGUUCAUGAUGAACUAUAAAAGAUAAAAAAAAAAGAAGAAGAAGAAGGGACCUCCCUCUGGAUCCGCCAAUGAAUAUAAACAUUUCUAGUUCAUGCCCUUUUUUUAUUUUAUAUCCGAUUAAAGUUGAAGUAUGUGUUAUUCCAUCCAGUUAUCGGAACUGACUGACCCAGACACGUUAGUGAGAGAGACGCUGCCUUUUCGUGGAUGUAGUAGUGAUUUGAAUAUAUAUUUUAAAGUCGUUACUGACAAUUUUCUUUUUUUAACCAGUUUCUGGCAGGUUUUAGUAUCCUACUACUUCUGUACAUAGCCACUCGAUCGUUUGUUUUAAACGUCAGUCUGUGUUGACAUAUCUGAUUUCGAUUAAUUAAAUCAUAAGUUUGGGGUGAGUGUUUUUUUUGGCAAUCCAUCUUUUAUAAAAACCCUCUAAAGUAGAGUGAUCUCCCUUGGAAGGUACGUCUGUUAAAAACUUUUUGUAUAAAAAUAAUUUAAAGCCUACAAGAACACUGAGAACAUUCUGCAGUCAGUGCAUACAACGAUCGACAAAUCUUUAUAUUGCAGUCUUUGACACAACGAAGAACAUGGCAAACUCUGAACUGGAGAGCUGCCUUGAUGACUGGAAUGAUUUGGAAAAAGAAUUUGAGCAACUGGAGGCUGAACAUAAGAAAUAUCAGAAGAAGCUUGAUGAAAUGGUAGCAUGCCAGAAGAAAUGUCUGUCCAGCAUUGCUCACCACCGCUACCGUAUGAAGACAAUCAACGAAACACUCAAGAAGAAUGAAAAGAAACUAACAGAGGAAGAGAAAACAGUGUUGUCUGAUCUAAGGCGUAAAAUAGAUGACAGAAAAUCUACAUUUCGUGAGAUGGAGGAAGUACUUCCGCACAAGAAUGGCUUAUAUUUGAGUAUCAUCCUUGGUCAAGUAAACAUCUCACUGCUGAACAAGGCAGACAAAUACAGCUACAAACAGGAGUACGAGAAGUUCAAACUGACUGUUAGCUAUGUCGUCAUGGUCCUAUCCUUUUUUCUAACCUUUUUCGAUGACUCUAGGUGGAUUGAUGCGAUUCUUCACUUUCUGUUAGUGUGGUACUACUGUACACUGACCAUCAGAGAGAGCAUUCUUGUUGUCAAUGGAUCACGAAUUAAAGGCUGGUGGUUGACACAUCACUUUAUUUCCACAGUUUGUGCAGGAAUUAGUUUAAUAUGGCCAAGUAGCUGGUCGUACCUGCUGUUCAGGAAACAGUACAUAAUGUUUAUGCUGUAUAUCAGUAUGCUGUACGUAAUGCAGUACUACUACCAGUCUGGUUCACUGUACAGACUAAAAGCACUGGGUCAGAGACAUGACAUGGAUAUUACUGUUGAGGGAUUCAUGUCAUGGAUGUGGAAAGGCAUGACAUUUUUGCUUCCAUUUCUCUUUAUUGGCUACUUCUUCCAGAUGUACAAUGCAUAUAUUCUGUUUGUGCUUAGUUUGGACUCGAGGUGCCAUGAAUGGCAGGUAUUUGCCCUGGCUUUUAUUUACUUGGUCCUCUGCCUCGGGAACCUGACAACGACACUGAUUGUAAUCCGACAGAAAAUCAACAAGGACGGACUGAGUUUGAAGUUCCUGUUGAACAAAUAUCGAUUCAAUUCCCAGCUGAAGCAGCUUUAACAGUGCUGUGAAUAACCUAUCACAUGUUUUGCUGUGGUAUAUAGGCAAGUAAACUAACAGUCCCACGUAACAAACUGGGAAUUUUCCAGCUGUUUACCUUUCCUUAUGGAAAAAACAAGGAUGCAUCAGUAAUAGAAUUGUGAAUAAAGAGACUUGUUCUGCUAAUGCCAAAUAC